UCCUCGCACCCCUCAGCCCCUACACUCCGUUCUUCCCCUGUGCUGAUUGUCACACAUUGUUUACUACCGCUUGAGAUGUGACUCACAACACAGGCUAUCUGCUGGAGUACCGCUCUGACAACUGAGGGAUUCUUUUUGACGCGCGCCGUGCGUCUUUGGUUAUUUGGGGACCGGCUGUGGAGACUACCCUUCUGCCAUGACAGUGGAUUUGUUUGCGCUUUUAUGCGUGCUGGUCGUCACAUCUUCUGCGAUGGAAGAGACUGUGAUGGACACUCGGGUGGCCACAGCUGAACUGGGCUGGACAGCAUAUCCUAAUUCUGGGUGGGAGGAGGUGAGUGGCUAUGAUGAAAACCUCAACACCAUCAGGACCUACCAGGUGUGUAAUGUCUUUGAGCCCAGUCAAAACAACUGGCUCCUCACCACCUUCAUUGAUCGGCGUGGAGCACAGCGCAUCUAUGUGGAGAUUCGAUUCACCGUGCGCGACUGCAGCUCCAUCCCAAACGUCCCUGGCUCAUGCAAGGAGACGUUUAACCUCUACUACUAUGAAACUGAUGCUGUCAUUGCCACGAAAGGCACUGCCUUCUGGAUGGAGGCCCCUUACCUCAAGGUGGACACCAUUGCUGCAGAUGAAAGCUUUUCGCAGGUGGACUUUGGUGGACGCCUGAUGAAGGUCAACACAGAAGUGCGGAGCUUUGGCCCAUUGUCUAAAAAUGGCUUCUACCUUGCCUUCCAGGACUAUGGUGCCUGUAUGUCUCUGCUGUCAGUCAGGGUGUUUUAUAAGAAGUGCCCAAGUGUGGUCCAGAACUUUGCAAUCUUUCCAGAGACCAUGACAGGGGCUGAGAGCACUUCCCUGGUCAUUGCCAGAGGAAUCUGCAUCCCUAACUCAGAGGAAGUAGAUGUCCCUAUAAAGCUCUACUGCAAUGGGGACGGAGAGUGGAUGGUUCCUAUCGGCAGCUGCACAUGCAAGGCUGGAUUUGAACCUGACAAUGGCAACGUAUGUCGAGCCUGCCCUCCGGGAACUUUCAAGUCGACCCAGGGUCCAGGUCUGUGUCUACAGUGCCCUCCUAACAGCCGCUCCACAGCUGAGGCCGCCACCAUCUGUGUGUGCCGCAAUGGCUACUACCGUGGAGAUGCUGAUCAGCCGAAUGAACCUUGCACUAGUGUCCCAUCUAGCCCGAGGAAUGUGAUCUCCAUUGUGAACGAAACCUCUGUGAUCCUGGAGUGGCAUUCUCCCAGGGAGACAGGUGGCCGCGAUGAUGUCGUCUACAACAUAGUUUGCAAGAAGUGCCGGGCUGACCGGCGGUCCUGCUCCCACUGCGACGACAACGUGGACUUCGUCCCCCGACAACUGGGUCUGACUGAGACCAGGGUGUUCAUCAGCAACCUAUGGGCUCACACCCUCUACAGCUUUGAGAUACAGGCUGUUAAUGGAGUGAGCAAUAAGAGCCCGUACCCUGCCCAGCAUGUCUCCAUAGACAUCACCACCAAUCAGGCUGCUCCCUCCAUAGUUCCCAUCAUGCAUCAGAUCAGCUCCACCAUGAAUAGCUUCACACUGUCAUGGCCACAACCUGAACAGCCCAAUGGCAUCAUCCUGGACUAUGAGCUGCGCUACUACGAGAAGGACCAUGCAGAGAUUAACUCCACCAUCCUGCGAAGCCAAACUAACACUGCACGCGUGGAGGGCCUCAGGCCGGGUACAGUCUACGUGGUUCAGGUGCGGGCAAGGACUGUGGCUGGUUUUGGCAAAUACAGCAGCAAGAUGUGCUUCCAAACCCUCACAGAUGAUGACUUCAAGUCUGAGCUGAGGGAACAGCUUCCUCUCAUUGCGGGGUCAGCGGCAGCAGGAGUGGUCUUUAUUGUUUCCCUUGUUGCUAUCUCCAUUGUGUGCAGCAGAACUCUCUUUGCGAGCCGACAUGUCUAACUGCCCCUCCCCACUGGGCUGCCCGACCCACUUCUCAGGCUCCCCGGGGAUGAAGAUCUACAUAGAUCCCUUUACCUACGAAGACCCCAACGAAGCUGUACGAGAGUUUGCCAAGGAGAUUGACGUCUCCACUGUCAAGAUCGAGGAGGUCAUUGGUGCAGGUGAAUUUGGGGAAGUGUACAAGGGCCGUUUGAAGCUGCCUGGUAAGAGGGAGAUCUAUGUAGCCAUCAAGACCCUGAAGGCAGGCUACGUGGAGAAGCAGAGGCGGGAUUUCCUGUCUGAGGCGUCAAUCAUGGGCCAGUUCGACCACCCAAACAUUAUCCGUCUGGAAGGUGUUGUCACGAAGAGCCGUCCGGUCAUGAUCGUUACUGAGUUCAUGGAAAAUGGUGCCCUUGACUCAUUUCUCAGGCAAAACGAUGGUCAGUUCACAGUGAUCCAGUUGGUGGGGAUGAUGCGUGGGAUCUCAGCUGGGAUGAAGUAUCUCUCUGAAAUGAACUACGUCCAUCGUGACCUGGCUGCACGCAACAUUCUAGUCAACAGCAACUUGGUGUGUAAAGUGUCUGACUUUGGCCUGUCACGCUACCUGCAGGACGACACCUCUGAUCCCAGCUACACCAGCUCUCUAGGUGGCAAGAUCCCAGUGAGCGGCAUCGUCAUGUGGGAAGUGAUGUCAUUUGGAGAGAGGCCUUACUGGGACAUGUCCAACCAGGACGUGAUUAAUGCCAUUGAACAGGACUACCGUCUGCCACCGCCUAUGGACUGUCCCAGUGCCCUGCACCAGUUGAUGCUGGACUGUUGGCAGAAGGACCGCAAUGUCCGACCCCGCUUCACAGACAUUGUCAGCACCCUGGACAAGAUGAUCCGUAACCCCACCAGCCUCAAAGCUGUAGCCAACAUCCCUGCAGUGCCUUCUCAGCCACUGUUGGACAGAUCCAUACCUGACUUCAACACCUUCAGCUCAGUAGAGGACUGGCUCGCUGCCAUCAAGAUGAGCCAGUACAGAGACAACUUCCUCAACUCAGGCUUUACCUCCCUGCAGCUGGUGGCUCAAAUGACCUCAGAGGACUUGCUGAGAAUAGGAGUGACCCUGGCAGGCCACCAGAAGAAGAUCCUCAGUAAUAUCCAGUCCAUGAGGGUGCAGAUGAGCCAGUCACCCACGACUAUGGCAUGACUACAGGGGGCGCUGUGCCACGGAACGGGCAGCAUUCGCAGGACCAACAACAAUGGCAGCCCUCGAAUGACCCCCGAUCCAUCGGAACGCGCCAGAGUCGAGACAAUUGUCUUAAUCUAAUCCACUACCAUGACAACAGGAGACCAGGGUCUACACUACCACGUGGUUAUCAGCCAUCACACUUCAUGCAAUCCACACCAGGAGAUCAGGGUUCAGACUUGAUACUGUUUCUCCAUUUAUUCACAAAAGGAAGACAGACAGAAUGUGGUUAUAGACUGCCAUUCAUGUCACUGUAAACCAAAACAACUCCAACAAUCAGACAUCGACACAGGGAAUCUCUAACAAUUUCAGACUGUAAAAUGAGUGAUAUUGUACUUCUAUAUUAUCUGAACUAGAAGAUGUUAAAAUUGUAAACCGAAGCGUGAGACAUUUAGAAACAACGUGUGACCUGUGAUUUUACUGUCGUCAAUGUGUGCAAUGAAGAUGCCUUGACCUGGCCAGAAAUAAGUCUCAGAAGAAAAAGCAAUUACCAGUAGGAAUAAUUAGAGGGAGAAGCAUACAGGGAUGUACAGUGGAGCACCAUUUUCAACUUUCACAUCAUCAUUUGCUUGUUUGAAGAAUUUGAAAACUUUAUUGUAAAAGGACUAGUGAAAUUCAGAGCUAGUUAUAUUUUUGUCUUUUACCAUCUGUUUUUUUGUUUGUUUUAUUACUAUAGCAAGAUGCCGCCCACUCGUAUUUUAACUUUUAACACUACCUGUGGAGUCCUGGGUGGAAGGCCUUGCCAAAGGACUUCUUAACCAGCCCCACUCAGAUUCAGAGAAUAUAAAUGUGUUUAUCUCUUGCUAAAUAUGAUUAUAUCUUUCAUAAUAAACCUUCAUAUUGAAGGUGAUAAUGUAUGAAUAUGUAUGUACAGAACUCUCUGCUUGCAUUUUUGGCAAAGACAUGUUUGUUGAUUAGAUUGUGAUAGACACAUGAAAUGUGUAGAUUUCUAUGGUGCCCUGGUUCCCUUUGGACAACUGAACGACGGACACAGAGUUGAACGUCUCCCUGUUCCAGGCGCACAAGGACAAUCCUGACUGAAUCUUAACCUGAGGAAUAUGUUAAAGGAAUUGUGGGCGAAGAAUUGGUAUUGUAGAUCUAUAUGAAAUUUGCUGUAGGAGUUAAAAUAAUUGACAAAAUAUCCAUUUACUGGAGAUCAUGUUUAAUGUGGGUGUACACAUGCUGUCUCUUGCUGGUGAGCACUUACUUGUACAGAUAUGUUUUAUGUUUUUAUUUCUUUUUGUUUUGUUGUUGUUUGUGUUGGGAGUUCUCAGCACCAUCCAGAGGAGAAGGAAACUCCACGCUUUGGCCGUCCGAAAUCCAUGGUAAGUACUUGCUGAUCACGCAGGAAAAACACUACUUAAUUGCUCUAUAUAUGGUAGAUUUUAUUUCAGGCAAAUCCAGUUAGUCUUCCUCAUGGGUGCCACAAAUAUCUCGGGCAAGGCAAAAUUUGCUGCAAGUUUGAAAUGCAUAGGAGAGUAGCUAAUCAAGGCACUGGAAAUCGGAGUGCAUCAGCAUCACUUCUCUACACAGUGAAAAUGAACAUCUGGACUGAGGUUUGCCAACAGACGCCUGAUGCCAUUUCGAUGAACACACAGACUUAAACAGCCCACACGGGCCCAUUGCUAACAGUGUAGCACAGCCUUCCAUAGACUGCUAUAGCUAAGCUGCUGAGUAAAUCUAUGUACUCUCACUAUUGUUGUGCUACAGAAGGUUUUGCGCAUCUGAAUCUAUCCAUAAUUUUAAGCUGCAGUUUAUGGGCGUUUGAAAAUGUACACUUUGGUAGUUGACUGUAAGAUAUCUACGUCAUUCCCAAGGGAUGCAAUGGAUGACUGUCCAUGAAAUUACACCACAGUUUUCAGGAAUUUAUUUUGACUGUAGUUCUGGAUAGUGCACAGGGAUGAUUUAUUUUCUUUAGUCUGGGGAUGGUACUUGAUGAUUGCAUUGUGUUUGGUCUGUGCAAUGUGACGGUGUCACAGUGACAACAACUACAGGACAGCUUGAUGAUGAGUAGUAGUGGCUUUUCUCUUCAUCCAACUUUUUUUUUUCUUCUUGCCGGUCACUUGCUUCAGGCUCAGGCUUUUAGAAAGCUAUGAGGAAUGGGUGUUAUAGUUUAUAAUUCUGUAAAGAGUUUUGAUGAAAUAACGUUAGCAAUGCUGGCCUUUAAAACUGAAAGCAAACUGAUCUGAAUGUUCCUGUGGCAAUAUUCCUUUGACAUACAGCCAUGGCAGCAAAGUCUCUUAGCUCACAGACAAUUAUCUUGAGCUAUUGUAGUAUCAAUUCUGUGCAGUAGCUGUGACCCUGCUGAAACCCCGUUUGGCCCUAUUUGAAAAGACAUGAGUGACGACGGUUCUAACCACCUUGCAUCCAAAAUUAGAAAUUGAUGGCAGGCCCAUUAGCAGAUUAUUAAGUAUACUCACCCCACUCAUGUCAUCCACCUCCUCCUCCUUCUCUGUCUGUCUGUCCUGCCCUCUCUCCCUGGCUACCCCUGCUGGCUGGCACACCUCCAGCUCAUUCAUCCUGGGUGUAACCAAGCUGUCCUGGGCUGGGGCUGGGCUGGGCUAGGCCAGGGCUGGCCUGAGAAAUGGUUGGCUCCAUGCUCCAGUGGAUCCAGGCAAGGGUGCAAACACCUGCUGGGACCCUCGUCUGACAGGCAUCUGAUCAGCCACAGGGAGGGAGACUGAUGGGAGUGUCAAAACACAAUACACACAGACACAGACACACACACACAGAUACGCACAGGAUAACCCUCAAUUAUGUUAUUCUCGCGUCUGGUUUCCAGUCUGAUGCUUAAUGAAAAGAAAAUGGGCAAAGAAUCGACAGAGUCUGUGCAUAUGUGAUAGAAAGAGGAGGAUGAGUCAGUUUACAGAAGGGUGGAGAUGCACGACACAUGUGACAUAAAGAAUGGAUGGUUAGAUGAGGAGUCAGGAGGUUAGUUCAUUUAAGUGAAUCCGUCCCUAUUAACCCGCAGUGUGGUUUAUGUGGCAACAUCUUUAUAAUGAUCUAAAUGUUAAUUUCUUUGGUUUAGUUUGGUAAUGGAAAAUACUGUAAUCAAGCAACUGGUUUGCCUCAUAGGCAAAAUCAAUUGCUUUUAUCUUUUCAAUUCUUCAAGUCAUUGAUUUACCAAGUAUUCCUAAAUAUAAUCACACGCUCCUUGAGAUUGGCAUAAAUCCCUUUCACUGAAGCCAGUGAUUCAAUUUGAAUGCAUUAGUCCUCUUUUCAGCUCAGUCUCAUAUAUUUGCUUUUCAACCCAAGAGCCUGUGAAUGAGAUGAUAGAAUGUAUUCAUUAUGCAACAGUGUAAUUCUUUUUUUUUCUUCCAUUAUGCUCUGUUUGUCUUUUCUAAAUAUCUGACUGUAAUGACACUCCAGUGUGAUGAAUGGAGAGGCGGUUCACCAUCCCUCUCUGAAAGCUGUUUCAUAUGGAAGCCAUUUAUCUCACCCUGAUACAAAACACAAGAACAGAGCUUGUUAAAUGUUUCAUGGUGCUGUAACUGUCGAAGAAGUGACCAACGGUCCUUUUAGGAGCUGAUUUCAUGCCUGUCAUUUAUAGGUUAGAACAGUGGAAGCCGUGUUCACCUGAAAAUGACCUGACAUGACACCCUACAAAACUAAACUUAUUAAACUACUCCAUUCUCUUUUUUUUCCUUCUGUUUCAGACUGUGGACUCAAAGAUUUACACACAUAUAAAACAGCUUACACACAACACUUCACAAAUUCACAUGCACACACAGUGAACACUGUGGGCAGCCAAUGAGGAGGAAGAUCAGGUGAAAUGGGACCUUUCUAGGAUACUACUC